UAAAGAUGGUCAGCUGAAAACAUUUUUCGUGGGUGGGCCAAAUUCUAGAAAAGACUUUCAUAUGGAAGAAGGAGAAGAGUUCUUUUACAUGCUGAAAGGAGACAUGAGACUUGUUGUGGUAGAAAGAGGGGCAUUCAGGGAUAUUCCGAUAAAGGAGGGAGAGGUUUUCUUGCUUCCGGCCAGAAUUCCACAUUCACCACAGCGAACGGCUGAUACCAUCGGUUUAGUCAUCGAAAGAGAAAGAUUGCCAAGUGAAAUGGAUUGUUUGAGAUAUUACGUAGACGGUAGCAACGAAAUACUUUAUGAGAAAUGGUUUCAUUGUGAAAAUUUAGAAGAAUUUGGGCCAUUGAUUAAAGAAUUCUUUGCAUCCGAGCAGUAUAAAACAGGCAAGCCAGUUCCUGGCACUAUCUUGGAAGACAAGCCAGUGAAACAGGAUUACCAGUGUCUCUUGGAUACGCCAUUUUCCUUGAAAACGUGGUUGAGAUCCAACAAAGAAGCCAUCGACAAAGAGGGCAAAAAGCGUCUAUUUGAAGGAAACUACAUGUCUCGGGUGUAUGUGUUGGGAAAAGGCUCUCAUGUUCCAGAUGCUGACAUACCUGAAACAUUUCUAUGGCAAAUAGAAGGAAAAUCUGAAGUAGAAGUAGGGAACAAAACAUAUGAAUUUAUAGAAAAUCAAACAAUGUUACUGCAAGCUGGUGAAACGUACGUGCUGAGAAACUCAACAGGAGGCAGGACUCUAUCCGUAGUAAUGAAUGCAGAAAACUAAGAGAUAUAUUAUCAAGAUUUCACGUUUAAGUGGCCGUACAGAAGCAUUUAAUAUCAAGAAUCAAUCGUUGAUGCAUGUGUAUUAAUCCAAAAGUUCUUUUGUAAAACUAAAUUUCAAUAAAAUAUUUUGUACAUUUUUUAAGCUA